UACUCAAUAUUCAACCUGUGAUCUAACAAGUCUUGCAUGAAAUUGUAGCAUAACCAUUCUGCUCUUAUUCUUUGGCCUCAGCUGAUAUAGAAAAGCAAUCAAUAGGCUUUUUAAACCGCCUUAUCUCCUUGUCCUGCUACGUGUAAGGGCCACCAGAGUGAAAUUAUUUUUCUUACAAACAAUCCAGUGGAACAUUGCCAUACUCCCAAACCUCAAUCAGCAAGUGUACAGAUAUAGUCUACUGAGCCCGCAUGCACGAGGCGCCAUGUUUUGGCGCCAUUUUCAAAGUCCUCACUCCACUUUCAGGUAUUGUUCCUGUUCCAGGCAAGUCCCAGAUUAUUGCAGGCCUCCAGCCAUCUCAUUCUUUGGAAACCAGGUCCCUCUCUUCGCCCGUCAUCGUUGUUCCCCGGGGGCACCUCCUGCAGUAGAGCACGAGGCUGCAAACUAUCAAUUGACAUUAAAUAUUUCUGUUUUUUUAAAUACAAACUUAAGGCUUAAAGGGAUGGAAAUAUUUUUAUGAUAUUGAUUGACAUCCAUAUAAGUAUAUGAACCAAAAUGUGAGACAUAAGAAAAUAAAGAACAAGACUGUCUCCAUCCAAGCCUGAAACUGCCAUUACGGCAGAUUCCAUGACAAAUCAUUUGGCAGAUGGCUUCAUCUAUCUUUUGGUUGUAUUUAGAAUUCAUGAGAAUUUGGAUGCCAAUGUCCUUAUGCAGCGAAUCAAUAUUAUACUGCAAGCAGAAAAGAAAUGGCAUCACUUUCUGGACCAGGAAAAGUUUCCAGAUUUCAUAUUCAAACACUGUGCACCAUUGGAGGUACGAUACCCUGGAAAGGAAAAGCAAUGGACAGAGGAAACAAUGUCACCAAGAGAUAACGAGGCCAAUAAGAAAGCAAGACUUUCAGAAUCUGUGUUGAGAAUUAAGGAGAUGCUCGGUGAUUGCAUAACUUUAAUUAAUGGGAUUCCAGAAAAGAACGAAGAAAAAUCCAAGACUAUUCCCCUACAACCAAAAGAACAGACAAAGAAUAAGAAACUAACUGUGUUGGAGAAAGAUCUCUUGCUAUUGCAAAAUGAAAUGGGAACAUUACAAUCUGCGCAAGAAAUCAUUGAUGAGGACUUACAGAUAGCCAUGGACCAACUGCUGGAAAAAGUGCAGAGAUUGUGUGAACAACAUCACAACAAAGCAUUGAAAAAGAGAGUGGUUGGAAAUAAAGAAUAUCAAAGAAUUCAAUCUAGAGAAGCUUUUUUGAGAAAAAAGCUACGAAGUGUCAACCAUUAUUUAAAAAGUAAGGGGUCAGAAAGUAAAAUUGGAAAUCAACGACAAACAGAAGAGAAUCUAGAUUUCACUGAAAAUACAUCUAUCCAAGAAGCAACCAAUUCAAAUUAGCUCCAGCAAGAAGGAUACUCCUUCGGUAUACACUGAACUGUGCCAUAGGUUCAAGCAUAAAGAAUCAAAUCCUAAGUAACAGAAGACUGUAACAUAAAUGUAUUAUUGCAUCUUAUUUGUUUGAUCAUUGUCUAUGUAUGAAAAAAAAUAAUUCUGUGAUUAUCAAUUCUCAAUACAAUUGUACUGAUUUCUUAAAUCUUGUCCUAAGUUAACUAAGUAUUCAUAUUCUGGAGGUUUAUUACAAUUCAGAGAGGUUCCCAGAAUUUGGUAAACCUUUUAUUAUUUGGUUAAUUAUUAAAUGUUCUGUUUUCAAUUGCCUUUAUCAUUAUUAUAGCAAAUAAAUAAAACAACAUUUUGCAAUAGUAUGUUGUCACUUAGUUCCUUUAUAUAUCAGUAACUUAUUGAAAAUGACUGAAUACAGCAACAUGUUUGUUAGGCAUUCAGUAUACUAAGGACUUACUAAUAAUCUACCGCAAUGAAACUUAAAACAAAUUAAGCAUUGAUUCUGUACCAUGACAAAUAAAAUGCACAAAAGCUUUAGUAAUUGUAGCUAUUUUAGGAUUGAAACCAAAUUGUAUUUACAGUUGCAGAAAACUGAUAAAUUAUAUAGUUUAUAAAUCAGAACCCAAAAUGGUUUCAUUAAAAAAAACAAAGAACACAUAUUACACUUCACUAGCUUUAAGUCACCUUAUUGUAAAUAGAAUAGGUAUUAAGGGUAAACAAAUUCAUAAACAAUUAUGUAGCACUUUGACGUCCAGCCAUACUAAUUCUAUCUGAUGUUGAUAUGCGUUUACUUUUCAGUCGUGUGGACUGAAAACUUACUCAGAUUCUAAAUGUUGUUAAACUGAGUUAUUUUGCCAGUCUAAUUCAAGAAAACUUGAUUCAAACCAUUGCUGUUAAAAUCUUUUU